CCCACUCCCACUGCACUCUUCCCACCACCACCAGGACAAUGUUCGCCCGCUCGUUCGCUCGCUCCGUCGCCCGCCCUGCGCUCCGCGCUGCUGCGCCGCGCGUCGCCGCCCGCGCCCCCCGCGCGCGCCAGUUCCACCAGCAGAACAGGGACCACGAGGGCGGCGCCCAGCUCGCGCUCGUCGCCGGCGCCGCGCUCAUCGUCGGCUCGGCCGGAUACAUUGUCGCCCAGCUCCGCAAGUCGCAGGUCCACCCCUCCGAGCCCAAGGAGAACGACGAGGAGGAGGACGAGGAGGAGGUCAUCCUCGAGUCGGCCGAGUCCGAGGGACUGCCCGCCCAGGCUCUCAUCGACUUUGAGCGCUCAUCAGCGUCCGACGAGGCUGCCGCUGCCCCCGCUGCCGCCCCCGCCGGCAUCCCCGACCCUUCGCAGGCUGCUAGCGAGGGAGCGUUCAACGAGGAGACUGGCGAGAUCAACUGGGACUGCCCUUGCCUAGGCGGCAUGGCCACUGGCCCCUGCGGUGAAGAGUUCAAGGCCGCCUUCUCGUGCUUCGUCUACUCGGAGGAGGAGCCCAAGGGCAUCGACUGCGUCGAGAAGUUCAAGGCCAUGCAGGACUGCUUCCGCGAGCACCCUGACGUCUACGGCGAGGAAGAGAUCGACGACGACGAGGAGCCCACCGCCGGUCAGGUCGGCGCCGCCAUCGUCGACGCCGACGCCGGUGCCGACACCCCUGUCGUUGAGAAGGUCCCCGCUGGCGAGCCUACGAUCGGCCAGAAGGACGCCGUUGUUGUCGACCAGCAGGCUGGUAUCAGCACGCCCGUCUCGGCCAAGGCCGCCCCCAUCGACAAGACCCAGAAGGGCGAGAAGGAGCUCGCUUGAGCGAGUCGUCUUCUUGUCGGCCGCACAAAAGAGGAAGAGGAGCGGCGGUGGCGCGCACGCCGCCGCCGUUGGCUGGGAAGUGAUAAAAUCUAGCAUAGCGAAGAGCGCAUCUGUAGAGUCUUGCCCAUGCAUUGGACUUUACUUGGA